AUGCAAUCGUUCAAACUGGAAAAAUGUCUGCUAACCGUCAUCACUCUAGCGACUAUAGUUGUUACCACGUGUGAUUACGCCACCUGCUUGGAGUCCUCGCGCAGAAUCAAGGAAUAUGGAUAUCCUCUGAUGACGUAUCAAGUCUGGACCGCUGACAAAUAUCAGUUGGGAAUAGAACGAAUUCCGUACAGUAAACUCCGUAGCAACUUAUCUACCGGCAAACCAGUCUUGUUAUUGCACGGCUUGUACUUAUCGUCGGCUAUAUUCACAAUAAACAACUCGUCACUCAGUUUCACUCUAUCGGAUGCCGGUUUUGAUGUCUGGUUGUUCAACGCCAGAGGUAUUGGUCUUUCGAGAAAACUCAGUAUUUAUAAGAAGCCUGGAUCGUCGCCAAAAAUGAAUAGCAUUUCAUGGGACUUCAGUUUUCAUGAAAUGGGUGUAUACGAUAUGACCACUACUAUAGAUUUCAUCCUCAAAACUACCGGAUAUUCAAAAUUGGACGUGGUGGGCUACUCCCUCGGGACAACAAUAUCGCUGGCAUGUCUAACCGAUAGACCCGAAUACAAUUCUAAAAUCAACAAACUUGUACUCAUGGCACCUACGUCCAGGCUUAAAUCAUCAGGCAUGCCUCUCAACCUCGCAAGACAAUUUUCCCCUAUCUUAAAAAUUUUCCUAGAUGGGGUUAAUUUCUUUCCGCUUACUAAUGAUCCUGACACCACGUAUAAAUUAAUUAGACGUUUGUGUACGAUUAAAACCGCUUUUAAAUAUUGCAGACAAUUUAUUGAUUUCGCUCAAGGAAUAAAUUUACCGAUGAACAAUGACACAGUUUUAGACAUCGUUUCCGAAUUUCCACAGCCGAUGUCUUCCAAGACCUUAAAACACAUGUUGCAAUUACUGACAUCUGGAAGAUUUGGCCAUUAUGACUAUGGACCUUAUGGAAACUUGUUACGCUACCGGACAAGAACUGCACCGGAUUACGAUCUAUCCAGGGUUACUGCUCCUACAUAUGUUAUAUAUUCCAAAGAGGAUACCCUAGUCCCUCCAGUGGAUGUGAAUUGGCUCAUAACUCAGUUACCAAACAUUAAGGAUGUACACUACAUCGAAAAAAUACCAUUUGGUCAUUUCAGUUUUUCAUUAAGUCCAAAUAUGAAGGAAGUUGUGAAUAUGUACAUAACAAAUAAAUUAUUAGACAACAACAUAAUAUGA